CCCAGCGUAUAUGUCCCAAGAAACGGGACAAGUGGUGCUGGACAACGUUUAUAAAGUGAUUCCUGCAUACUAUACGCCCAGCUCCCUGGACCAUGUUCCACGUCUGGAACUCAUCACCCCUCGGGCCCUCGUCUGCAUAGCACGACACGUCUAGAACCACAUCAUGGCCAUCAUCGGCAGCAGAGAGGAGCAUGCCGACCCCCGCCUCACCCGCAUCGCACAGGCCGACAAGGUAAAAUGGUACAAGAAACCGAACUUGCGGUCCUUGUAUUUCAUCCUCAUCCCCUGCGGCCUGGGAGUCGAGUGGACCUCGGGCUUCGACUCGUCCAUGAUGAACAGUCUGCAAGCCGUCAAGGCAUGGACCGACUACUUUGACAACCCCACCGCCAGCCGGCUCGGCCUGCUAAACGCCAUGUACUCGCUCGGGGCACUGAUGGCGAUCCCGUUCGUGCCGACCGUCAGCCAGCACCUCGGGCGGCGGCGCACGAUCCUGCUGGCGUCGGUCAUCAUGUGCCUGGGCGCGGGGCUGCAGGCGGGCGCGCGCAACUCGGACAUGUUCCUGGCGUCGCGCUGGGUGCUGGGGUUCGGGAUCCCGUUCGCCAUCGUCAACGCGUCGUCGCUGCUGGGCGAGCUGUCGUACGCCAACGAGCGCGCCGUCGUCACGUCGCUGUUCAACGCGUCGUGGUUCGUCGGCGCCAUUGUGGCUGCCGGUACCACGUACGGCACCUUCCAGAUGGCCAGCACCUGGGCCUGGCGCCUGCCGAGCCUGCUGCAGCUCGUGCCCAGCUUCUUCCAGCUGGCCUUCAUGCACUGGUGCCCCGAGUCGCCGCGGUGGUUGGUGUCGCGCGACCGCGGCGACGAGGCGCUGGCCAUCCUGCAAAAGUACCACGGCGAGGGCGCCGACGGCGCCGAGUUCGUGCGCCUCGAGUUUGCGCAGAUCCAGUCGACCAUCGCGCAGGAGCAGCAGCUGGCCAGCCGGUUCGUGUGGGCUGAUGUCCUGCGCGACCCGCCGAUGCGCCGCCGCUUCCUGCUGGCCGCCGUCGUCGGCUUCUUCACGCAGUGGUCCGGCAACGGCCUGACGAGCUUCUACAUGAAGAAGAUCCUCGCGCUGGUCGGGAUCAAGGACGACAGGACCGUGCAGCAGGUCAUUCUGAGCAACACGUGCUGGGGGUUUAUCAACGCUGUGCCCAUUGCGCUGAUCGCGCCGCGCUAUCCCCGCCGCCGCAUGUUCCUCAUCUGCACCAUCGGCACGGCUUUUGUGUAUACGGCGUGGACUGUGGCUUCGGCGCGGUGGGCCAUCGAAGGCUCGUCCAAGGCGGCGAUCCCGGUGCUGGUCUUUAUCUAUGUCUACUCGCCCUUCUACAAUAUCGGCUGGAACGCGCUGGCAUACACGUACAUGGUGGAAAUCUUUCCGUUUGCGCAGCGGGCCAAGGGCAUCGCGGUCGAGCAGCUCACGGUGCGCUUCGCCGUCUUCUUCAACACGUACGUCAACCCCAUCGCGCUCGACGCCAUCACGUGGAAGUACUACAUUGUCUACUGCGUUUGGAUCUUGGUCGAGAUUGCUACCGUCUACCUGCUCUUCCCCGAGACGCACAACCGCACCCUCGAGGAACUGAGCUUCAUGUUCGAGGGCAAAGAGGUCCAGGACAGGGUCGACAAGAACGUCGACAAGGUGCUGCACUUGGAGCUGGAUAGCAUCGGGCCGGGUGGUGCGACGCAUCCCGGCACUGAGUUGGAUGAUGCUGGGAAGACCACUGCCGUUGCUUCCGCGCACGUGGAUCAGAGGGUUCGAGUUUGA